CUGAGAAUGCCGAAGUCAAGUCGAAAAUUGCGAUGUCACAUGAAGGAUGACAACUUGUACAAGUUCACAUCUUUCAGUGAUCAAAUAAACUCUAUCUCAGUUUCGAGCAUCCAGAGAUCUGUUCCUGCGGUCGCCGCGACCAGUCUUGAAGACACUAGCGUCGACAGCGAAGAGUCGUUUCUGGCUUCUGGACUCCAGUUGCAACUGGUCGAAAGUCAGACUGCACUCUUUAAGCAAACAGUUCGAAAAUUGACCCCUUUUAUUGGGUCAUAUGGAGAGGUCGUGUUCCACCAACGUGCAAUUUUUUCAAAAGUUGAAUCAGCUCUGGCACAAUGUGAUGACAUGAGUUUGGUCGGUCUGCUACGUAUACUCACAGAUUUAUGCAAAGAUAUUCAGAGCGACUUCUACGAGUAUUUCUACAACUUAUUGAACGUUUUGGGUUCUCGGGUUAAAACAUCGAACUCAAUGAAAGCAUUAUUUGCUAUUUUUGGUUGCAUUGCAACGUGUAUUAAAAUAACGCUCAAUCGAUUCAAAUCUGAAGAUGUACACAAGCUAAUGUCGCAUUUGGUGCCGUUUAUGGAAACAAGAAAGCAACUUCAAGUCAGAUUUUCUUCUGGCGCUUUUGCGUUUGUAUCCAAAAAGCUGAUAGAGUCAGAUGAUUUGGUACGGCUAUUGUAUGAAAAUGUGAGUUUGAAAACAGUCGAAGCUUUUCAAUUGAUAGUAGCUGAAAUUGCUAAAGGAGUCGGCGUUGAUUUCAGUUUUAGAUUUCCAGGACUCUUCAAAUGCAUCCUGAUUUAUUAUCCUGUUUCUGACGAAGAAUCGGUUCCGUGUGUUAGGUUCUUGCAAAGCACUGCUCAACUUUUUAUGUCUAUGAUAAAUAAAGAACACGCGAAACGAGAAGAUAGCGUGAAGUUUUUCUGGAAAACAGCGAAUGAAGUUUUCUCGUGUGUUGGGAAUUUUGCACCAAUUUUUAUAGCCUUGAAAGAAAUUUUGAACUUUCAAAAUGGACGAUUUGUUGCCAAAUAUUUACUAGACGAAGUUCUGGGUCUUCUAGUUGAGCUGAAAGGUAAAUUUUCUGAUAAUUUCGUCAAAUGGUACGAUUUAUGUGCAAUUGUUUUAAGUUACAACUGUGCUGACAAACGAUUGAAAAAUCUUCAUGAUUUCAAAAAUUGUUGUUUUUCUUUUGACAAAGAAUCGUUUACGAUAUUAAGUGAUCUGAUUUGCACAUGUUUGAAAAUGGAAUCAUGUACCUUGCUCAAGAGUAGCUGCCUGCUACCAAUCAUUAAGCUUGCUCUAGAAGUUUUUGGAAACAGCUCAGAAAAGGAAGAACGAUCAAGAAUUUUGGCUGUCAACAUAGUAGCGCAUCUAGUCAGUCAAACAAGCAGCUCCGCUGACCAAGAGUUGAGUUUUGAAAAUUUUCGUUUCAUUGAAAUUUCGUUGAAUGCAAAUAACUUGACAAAAAUUGAAAAAUGUGGAAUUGCGUUUGUAUCAAGCCGCAUGACUACCAAUUUUGCAUGGGCCAAAAAACUGCUGAAAUUGGUCGAGAGCAAACUGAACAUCAAUUUAGUUGGAAUCGGAACGCCAGAAGUAACAGGAAGGUUGGAGCAUUUUUUGUGGGACAAAAUCCGCUUCACUUAUGCUUUGAAUCAUUUAAAACUAACUGCGACACAGUUUUCGCAUUUGGUCUCCCGGAUUGAGAAGAGUCCGGAAGACCUGGACAAUCUGGCGGCUCUCUCGAUUUUCUUAAGCUCCGAAUUGGGAAAAAAUGGCAAAGUUGUUAAAAAGGAAGAGUUGAAACACUUGGUUGAUAUCUUGAAGCCAAACUUCAGAUCUUUUGAUCGAGAAGUUGUCAAGAAUACCAUUGAAGUUUUUCUGAGUUUCAAUUGGCCAAAUGAAAAUGCGACAAACAAAACUGAAACUAAUUUUACGACGAAAGGUCUGUUCAGAAAUAUGCUUGAAGUGGCCAGUGUUGAAAUCAGUGUGCCGUCGCUGCGAGAGAAAUUGCUGUACUGCGAUAAACUGAAACACCACAUUGUCUCUAAAACUCGAAUCGGCAAUUGGGAAAGUGACUUUAUCGACUUAGAUGACUUGAUUGAAAUUUCGUUUUCAUACCUUGUCUCAUUAUGUUUUAUCAGGUUUGUUCCUCUGCAAAAGGGAAUUGAAGAAAUCAUUGGUAGUUACAGAAAUCAUAAACGAGUAAGGAAAGUUAUAAGUGAUCUGCUUCAUGAGACAUUUGAUGCCCCAGAAGCUAGAUUUUCGACUGGCAGUUUGGAAACAAAACAUUUGACACCAGAAGAAAAAUCAAUGGCGGACUCUUUGCUUAAGUUCUAUAGCCCUCAAAAAGAGUUCACAUCUAUCAGGCGGCGUGAAAAUUUGCUCGACAUGUUUAAAAUGAACAUAAGUUUAGCUGAAAUUUCUGUGGAUCAGUUAAAAAACUAUUUCUUCAAAUUUCUGGUUCGCGAUUUUGCAUCUACAACUUUGAGCAGACGAAUGAACAUAGAGUUAAUAUUGAACACGGUCUCGGUGAACAAAGAAAUUGUUGUCUUGUUAAGCGAAGAUGAAUCACACGUACCGACCUUACUUGCGUUUUUCAAAGUUCUUUCGUCUCUGGCAAGCAUGAAAACUAUCAAAAACGAUCCCAAAAUAUUACAACUUGCGAAAGAAAUGUUGAGAUCGAGUCUCAGUUUUUUGCAAAGUGCAGUGUUAGACUUUGUGUUUAGUUUUAAGUUGACUUAUUUGGAGCCCUAUAAAGAUUGUAUGGCUCAGCUGUGCUCAGACAAGUCGGUCAAAAAAGGGCUGAACGAGCUGAAGUUGUCAGAAGAAAAUUGCCUCGUGCACGAAACCCAUAGAGAUAAAUUUCUUGAAAUAAUGCUGCCAUUUUUGCUGGGAAGACUGUUCAAUACUGGCUGGAUCUCAAAUGUAGAUGAGCGUUUUAGGGCUAUUUUCCAGUUUGUACGAUAUCUUUCAGUUGAAGAAAAGGAAGCUUUUCUUACUGAUGCUUUUGCUGAUUUUUCUGAACUUUUAGCAGAUGGUCGAAAGUCAGAUUUUGAGCAUUCGAAGUUUGAAUGCAACAUAAUGUCGAGGUUUCUCUUGGUCUUACAACAAGUCUUGAGAAACAUGCAGCGACUAUCGUUUCUUGAAAUUAUGAAGACGUUUGGAAAAUGUAACUUAAAUAUCUGUCUGUCCCUUGAGCGUUCCAAGAAAAAAUGGAUGAAAAAUUCAGAACUGGCAUCGAGAAAUAAAAGACUAUCCAAACAAGCUCUGGUUUGUCUUUUAUCAUAUGUUAAUCUGUCAUCAGAGCCAUUUGAAGAAUUUGAAGUAGAGUCUAUAUGCCAAGUUUUACUAAAACCGGCUCUUGUGUUUAACUCCAGUGAAGAUCUUUCGAAGGCGUCAAUUUCAAUUCAGGCCAAAUUCGUAGAAUCUUUUGCAGCGAAUGGAUUUUACAGAAAAUAUCUGAGUUUUCAAAUGGACUCACGAAAUUCAAAAUCGUUACUGGAGUGUUUUUGUUGGUUUUUGCAGCCCAAUGUUUCUAGUCAGUUGCAAUUUUUUGUGUUGAGAGUUUUGACAUCUUUAAUUCCAGAAGAGAAAGAAGAAAUUUCAAGUGAAUGCGAAGGAAUCUCAGAUGAUGGAAUGGAUGCCCAAAAUGAGUUUGACGAACUGGGUGCGAGACUGCUGAAGAGUCACGCUUGCUUUGUGAUCAAAUUUCUCCAACUGAAGAUGAUGUCAGACCAGUUUAAAAAGCUGAACAAAAACGAAAGAGUAAACUUGCUGAAACUUCUUCUGUUCAUGGUUUCUGAUAUUACAUCCCCGGAAGAGAGCCUAGCUUUGGCCACUACUCUUGCGGCGUAUAUGAGUAAAAAGCGAAAAGUUCUGCCUAAAUUCAUGAGUGGAGAUGUUACGAAACUUAUUGUGACUUUACUCAGAAAUUGUGAAAGUCCUCAUUCUGUAUUGUUCACACUUGCUUCGAACUUCUCGGAGAAUCUGUCCGUUGAAAUGCGAAAUGAUUUGACUGAUAUUUACUUGACUAUUAGUCCCGAGUUCGUCGACUUGAUCAAGGGUUUGAACUCUUGGAAUCCGAAGUAUGUCGAGGAACCUGAUUUUGCGCGUCGGUUUGACUGUUUCUCGAAGAUUCCCGAAAUGCUCGAAAGCAUGUCACCUCAAAAUUGCGUUAUAGCUAUUGCUGUAGUUUUCAAAAAUUGUUGCUUUUUCAUAGAUACGAUAGACGAUUUCGCGAUUCGCGAUCGCUGCGUUGAAACUGUAAAGUACAUGAUUACCAAGUUUGACUUGAACGCGAAAAUAGUGUUGAUGAUUAAAACACACCUGUCUUUCAUGCUGAAAACGAAACCAGAAGACCCAAUUUUGAUCAAUGUUCUGAACAUGCUGAAGUGUUUCAUUGAAAAUUGUCACGAGAAAGAUACGGUUUUGGAGGAGCUGCGAUUAUUGCAAGUUGGAAAGAUUGACUACAUCGAUGAUAUUUCUCAGUUACAAGUGUCUAGAAGAUGCAGAGGCUUACUCAAAAUUGCAGAGCUAAUUCUUCAAGACAAAUUUUGCAUAGCUACAUUCCAGUUUUUCCUGAUACCGAUUGCUUGGAUUGCCAUUGUUAAGUUCGAGCAAGUUAAAGACCCAAACUUGAUUACGGCGUCAAUUGAAAUGCUGAAAAGCUGUGCGACUAAAAUGGAAUUGAACAGUUUGGUGCGCUUAGCCGAAAGAUGUUUGUUAAUGGUCAACCAAAACCAUGAAAAUCCGAAAGUGGCUUGUAGGGUUCUAGCUGCUACUUUGACCGCGUUCGGCUCAAACGAUACUCUUCGUCAUAAAAUAGAAAGUGCGUAUCAGGCGGAAAAAGCAUAUGUGGUUUUGAACUCGUUUGCAGGGAGAAUUUUAUCCAUGUUGAUGAAACAAAAGUUGUCGGAUUCUGACAUUAUCGACAAGGACGAAUCGAACGCUAUAAUUGCGAAACUGCCAGUUCAUAUUGGGCUAUAUAAUGUUGCAAAGUUUUUGGGAGCGAAAACCAAAGAUUUUCACGUUAAGAAACUUCUUCUGUCAAUGUGUGGUUUUCUAAGGUCACGUGAUAAAUCAGUGAGACAUGCAACACGCGGAGUUUUGAUUCAGAUUUUGCCGAAUUUGGAAGUAGAGUACCUGAACGAACUGAUCAAAGACUUGUUCCACUUGUUAGAUCGAGGAUACCUCCGACAUAUUCUAGUAUUCACACUAUACCGAAUUCUCACUGAGUCGAAAGCGUGUUUCACAGCAGGCGAUAUAAGUUGUGAGAACUUGAAAGAAAUUGGGAAAUUUUUGAUCCGAGAUCUGUUUGGUUUGGGGGCGGAGGAAAGAACAUCGACAAAACUGGUUUCGAGAACCGAAGAAGCCAGAAAAAGUUAUGCUAUUCCAUGCUACGGUUUGAUGGGAUAUUUCUGUUUAAACGAAGAUAUGGUCGAACUUUUAAAGCCACUUUCAGAAGGCUUAGAAGAAAAAGAAACGAGUUCGAAUAAACGAACAAUAAGUGAUAUUUUGAACCGAUUCGGUGCUGAAUUAUUGCUCAAUAAAAAACUGAAGAAUUUGAAAAUAUUGCAGUUUGUGCAAGAGGUGUGUAACGGAAAUUUGAAGAAAAUGUUUGAAAAGAAUUCAAAAGACCGCACAAUGCAGAAGCAGGACCCUAGAUUGCAACCCCGAGACUACCGGCUGUUGGAUCCGGUGCCAACAAGAGUAGUUGAUAGGAAAGCAAAUGUAGUCACCUUUUCAUAUCAUCAUGUGUUUGUCCAAUUUGGUUUCCAACUUCUCCUGAAAUUGACGAGUAAAUUAGACAUCAAUACGCUUCGUAAUGCCGAAAUGUUGAGCAUCUUGCAACAGUUAGUUCCGUUGGUGAUCGAAAGUCUAAACUCUUCUUAUUUGCCUGUGUUAAUUCAAUCCAUUCGGUGCAUGAAAGAGUUUCUUAACUUGCAAUCGGAAGGCGUGUUGAAAUCUGAAAUCUUCGACAAGCUGAUCAUGAUUAACAAAAAAUUCUGUCGAGGAACUUCCAUAUCUUCCGAUAGUCAGGAGUUAGUUCCUGUGGUUGCAAAUUGCAUCAAAAUCAUGCUUGCUGAUGAAAAAUUACCAGUGAGAAAUGACCAACUGACAAUUAUUUUAGCCCACAUUGAGGAAGAUCUUGCUGAUAAAAAUAAAGUUAAAUCAAGCCUAUCGUUAGUAAAAGCUAUUAUAGCCCGAAGGUUGAAGCAUGAAAACGUUUCUGAAGUUGUGAACAAAGUUUCUAAGCUGAUGAUUCAAUCACCGAUUCCUUCGAGUAGAAUCAAUUGCAGAAAUCUUUAUUUAGACUACUUGAUUGGCUAUGCUCAAGAAAAAGCGGAGAAAAGUUUGGAUUUCGUUCUGGCGCAAAUAGUAAAUUAUGAAGACCAAACCGGUCGAGAAUCGGCGCUCGAACUUCUGGUACUUUUCGUCUCCAAAGUAAGCGAAUCUUUCUUACAGAGUGUAUCGGAUAAGUUGUUUUUCCCAUUGUGUUUGACACUUGCCAAUGACAGUGCACAAAGCUGUAGGAAAUUAGCCCGACUAUGUUUGGCUAAAAUUUUCUCCCGUGUCGGCGAAAAAGAGUACUCUGAGUUUACGGAAACAGUUAUGAAAUGGAUGGAUAAGUCGGUUGAUCUCUCGCUUUGCAUGCUUGGAUUUCUAGUGAUGGACAUUUUAGUAGAAAAUUAUCGAAGUAGUUUGGACGAAAAGAUUGUUAAUUUUUUCAAGCUGAGCUGUAAAGUCUUAAAAGACUGUAAUGAAAAUCAAAGUCGGCCAAUUCUAGGAAUUGAUAGCAAAGCCACUAAAAAUGAAGAACGUACAAGAGUUAUUGACUAUACUGUACUGUCAGUACUGAAGCUUCUACAUCGUGUUUUCAACAUCUUGGAUUUUUCUCCCGAUGGCCAGAAAAAAUUUACCAAAGUCUUGCCUGAAGUAGUAGAAAAAGUGAACGAGCAUUUGAGUUACCCACAUGAAUGGGUUCAAACUGUUUCCUGUCAGAUUUUUGCCUCUAUUUUCUCGAAAUUCAACGCUGAAGAGUUUCUAGAAAGUUCUUUUGCUCGUAUAGCUUUUGCUUUACAAAAUCCCGGUCGCGACAAAAUAUUGACUGAUUUUUUCAAGAGAACUGUUGACAGUUUAAUAAGCAAUGUUUCCUUUAUUGAGGCUGGUAAAGAGCUCAUGAACAUAUCAUUGAAAGAUGUUGUUUAUUUGACUCUGAUCUUUGCGGCGGAGUUUUUGAAGGAUUCUACCUUUGGAUCUGCUUUGUUAUCUGAAAUUAUUGAUAAAAUGAACCUUUUAGCCCUAAAAGAGUCGAGAUUCAACCAGAAAAGCAUAACCAAAAGACAGUUUGUUUUUGACUGGAAUAAAUUGAUCCUGCAGAGCAAACAACUUAUCCAAUGUUGCCCCAAAAUGCCCGAAGAAACUUUGCACAAGCUCCUGUUCCCUGUUGUAAGAGAGCUUAUUUCCAAGUCUAAUAAUGAUAGUAAACCUGAGUUCAGCGAGAUGUUUCAAAGCACUUAUCAAUGCUUUGAAAAGGCUUUCAAAAGUCUGAAUAAAGAAGGAGAAAACGAGACUUUUUUGUCGUCUCAUUACACACAGAUAGCAGCGACUUUACGUGAAAGAAAGUUAGAACGAACAGUGAUGAAAAAACGAGAAGCUGUACUGAAUCCAAGUGUUCACGCGGCUAAAAAGACAGAGCAGUAUAUGAAGAAAAGAGUGAAUAGAAAGAGAAAAAUUGCAGAAAACAGAGGCAAAGUAUCUGCGAAGAAAGGAAAGUUGGGAUCGAAGGCUAAGAAUUCAGAAGAAAUUUUGGUUGAAGAUCUAAUAUAACUCGCGUUGUAUGAAAAUAAUCGACUUCUAAGUGAAAUUAAAAGAAAUUGUCAUUGCUGUUCUUACCACUCCUUAGGGAAGAAACUAUGGCAUAGAGUGUGUUUUAUCUUCUCGAUUGUUGAUGAUAAUCAACUUCUACCGCCAGAUC